AUGCCGGCUACCCAGAUUUAUGUUAAAAACAAGGGAGAACUGAAGGACAGUCUGCAGACUGCCUUCGGUAACGGGAGGAAGGUCGUUGUCCUUUGCGAGGGCACCACUAAUCCUGUCACAGGUGACAGCUGGAACGCUGAAUGCAGAAAAGUGGAACCACUACUUGAACCACUCCUGGCCUCGGCUAGCGAGAACGUCUACUUCUUCAUGAUAGAAGUUGGCGAUGAAGAUGAGUAA